UCGAAUGUUUGAAAUGGACUCAUCAUAUCUAUCUGUUAAUACUCCUUGAUGCUUAUCGGUUAGCGAUGCAUUCUAGUUAAAAUAGUAUGUUUUACAAGAAUUAGUCAUGUCAUGGACAUCGUAUAACCUAUGCGUAAUGUUUCUAACGUAAUGUAUCAACCUAAUUGUCGUCUAAAAAUUGAAUAUAAAUCCGAUUAAAUGAUGAGAGAUGCGUACCAAGGGCCUGCUAUUGUUGCUUAUCUGCAUAGCAGGGAGCAGCAUUAUUUUUAUUGCUUUCAGCAAUCAACGACCUUCCAUUCAAACUCUGGUGACAGAAACACACAAGCAAUUACGAAACUUCCAAGAGAAUUUAAAAGAUGUUGAAGAAAAACGCUUAGUAACAGAUUCCAAGUAUCUUGCAAUGCUUGGUCUCAAUGGACAAACAAGCACAACACCAUUUAGUCUUAAAUCCCAAAAUGUGACUGUUGUGUCUCUUAUAAGGCCUGGAAAUGAACAACACAUUUAUGGGUUUGUGAGAAAUGUCAGUCACUUUUUGCCAAAUAACAGUAUUAUCAUUUAUAGUGUUGGAUUAAAUGAUGAUUCUUUGCAAAACAUUAGAACAGCUUGUAAUUCUACAAAGUGUAAUGUGAUUCAUUUCGAUAUAAGUCCAUUUCCAGCCCAUGUUGAAGAUGAUAGACUGCAUGUUUAUAGACCUUUAGUUAUUCAGACAGCUUUAAACACAUUAGGAAACAUAUUGUACAUGGAUUCAAAUGUGCGCUUGAAUUCUUCAGACAUUUCAAAGUAUCUUUUACCAAAAUCUGGAAUUUUAACUUGGCCUACAAGGCAUGCAAUUAGCUCUUUAACACAUCCAAAGAUGUAUGAAUAUUUUCACGUUUCUGCAGAAAGUUUCUUCUUUCUCCCUUUAAUAAGAGCAUCACACUUAGUAAUUAGAAAUGUUAAAGAAAUUAGAGAGAAAGUAAUGUUGCCAUGGGUUCAAUGUGCGCUGACAAGAGAUUGUAUAUGUCCCAUUGGAGCUCAAUCAGCAGGUUGCCGAUUUAAUAAGAAACCACAAUACCGGUAUUCCGGUUGCCACGCAUAUGACGCUUCUGCACUGAAUAUCGUACUCGGACUGCACUUCAAUUUCGACGACACAUACUAUGUACAUCAAGAACGAGAAACGUACUUCAAUAAGAUACAACCUGAGGAGAUCACAGAAGAGUAUCUUAUGAUUACACGGCAGAAUAAUGCGACCGAGUCGAACUUACGAAAUAUCAUAUCAACUGAACGCUAAUUUCUCUAAGAUCUCGAUUUAUUUUAAAUCAAGAAUUAAGUGAUACGUCGAUCAAGCACAAGUUAAUAUAAGGAUACAUAAUAAG